AGAGUGGUUAUUUUAGUUACCGUAGACUUCCUAUCAGCUUGAACCAGUCUGGCCAUUCUCCUCUGACCUCUCUCAUCAACAAGGUGUUUCCAGCUGCAGAACUGUCGCUUACUGGAAGGGUUUUUUUUGUUUUGUUUUUCGCAACAUUCUGUGUAAACUCUAGAGACUGUUUACAUGAAAAUCCCAGGAGAUUAGUGGUUUCUGAAAUACUCAAACCAGCCCAUUUGGCACCAUGAUAUGGUUAAAGUGACAGUGAUCACACUUUUUCCACCAUUCUGAUGUUUGAUGUGAAUAUUAACUGAAGCUUUUGACCUGUAUCUGCGUGAGUUUAUGCAUUGCGCUGCUGCCAUUGGCUGAUUGGAUAACUGCAUGAAUGAACAGGUGUACAGGUGUUCCUAUUGAAGAAGCCAGUGAGUGUAUAUGUCUUCAUUUGAUUUUACAUAUAUAUAUAUAUAAUUUUAAUUUUUAUUAUUUUAAUUUUCCUGCUUCCGCCUGUCUUUAGCCUAGGUGUAUGUAAACUUUUGGCCAAACUGAUAACUGAUAUCUGAAUUUUAAACUAUAAUUAGCUGGUCCCAUUUCAUCUACGAUAUAAUAAUUCUGGUGUAUUGAUAACCUUAUCACUAAUCAGAAACGUGUAUUCCAUAGAAGACAGUUUUUCUAUGACUCAUGAUUGCCAGCGCUGGCCAUUGUGUUUGUGUUCCUCACAACAAAUGCUUUGUUCCUUCUUUAUCUUAGAAUCUUUUUUGUUAUAUUAAACUAUAAGAAGUAAUAUUUCUGGUUGGUCAGAAUGACAGCCAAUGACAGUAAAGGACCGUCAGCCAAUGACAGUAAAGGACCGUUCAUAAAAACCCCAUCUCGCAUCAAAAAUCUCCAUAGCAGCUUACUGAUUCAUCUACGAUAUCACUGUCAUUGUGCAGAACCAUGAGCAGGAACUUCUUGUCCAUGAACGAAGAGCUCCGUAAGGGAGACUUCCUGUUAUCCAACAACCGAGAGUACAAGGCAAUCUUUCAGGAGGAUGGGAACUUUGUGGUCUAUGGCUGGAGACCUCUGUGGGCAUCUAACACGUAUGGCAAUACCGACGCCCAACGGCUGAUCAUGCAAGGAGACUGCAACUUCGUCAUGUACACGCCGGACAGACCCGUGUGGGCCACCAACACCAGCCGGAAGGACGCCAAAAUGUGCCGUCUGGCUCUGGGCAACGACGGCAUUCUAAUGGUCGAUAAUGAUGGGGCUGUGGUGUGGAAAUCUACUAAGUCUAAUUAAAAGCAAUGAAGCAAUCAUGUCUCAAAACUCUCUGCAGCUGUCAGGAAAGUUAUAAAAUAAAUCAGUAAAGAGAAGCAGCAGGAUGUCUCUGUGUCUCUGUACUACUGUUAUUAUAAUCAGUUCAAGCAAAACAGGCGGGCAGUACAAGACUGCCAACAGAAAUGAAUACUCUGAAUAACAGACUGAAUACUUUUCCCUGCACCUAAAACCCAGUUAAGACCCCAGACUUACCCUAGUUAUCCUCCUUUAUCACGCAGCAAGACAAACACAGAAAUUAUAAGCAAGACUCCAGGGCUACCAGAAUGGAAACUUACUCCAUCACUAAUCCAACCCAAUCGAACAGGCUUUAUCAAAGCAAACAGUCAACUACUAACUCUCACAGAAUACUUAACCUUCU